GGGUUAAAAGGCCGCGCCGACGACGGACCGCGGACGUGAACGCGGAACAUGCAUCCGGUUGUUCGCACGAUCUCGUCCGCGUCCCCGCCGUCCACCGCGCGCUCCAUCGUGGCCGCCGAGUCGUCGUCGUCGCGCGUCUGUCAAAAUCGGCGAGUGGCUCGCGGCGGUGGAUCGCACGCGGGGAGAAUGUGAGAAGGAGCAGGUGGAGGUAGAGCCGAGGAGAGAAGAGAUAAGCGGACGCGAGAGCUCGUGCUGCGGCUGUCCUAUCGCGGGGAACUGAUCGACGCGCCUGAUCGACGAUUACCGGAGGAUGCGUCCGCGCUCGAGAGGCGCAACCACGGCGACCGGCGUCUGUACAUUCUACUCGUGAUAACGACGAGUUGCUGGAGCUGGUGCAACAGACGGACGAGGAGGAGGAGGAGGAGGAGGAGGAGGAGGAGAAGGAAGAGGAGCACCACAAGAGGUAACAACGUUUAGAGAAAGAGGGACAUCGUCGUCCUCGUCGUUGUCGUUGCCGUCAUCCCCGUUGUACACUCGACACAAGCAGCAAUGGCCGCCGCCGUCAACGGGGUCGGGCUCGAGGAGCUGAGGACCGAAAUCGAGCGGUUGUCGCGCGAGCUCGAUUUAGCUUCUACCGAGAAGAUACAGUCGGCGCAGUAUGGGCUCGCGUUGCUCGAGGAGAAGUCGGCUCUGCAGCAACGAUGCAACGACCUCGAGGCCCUCUACGAAAACACGAAGCACGAGCUGGAGAUCACGCAGGAGGCCCUUGCGAAAUUCCAAACGACUACAAAACUGACCACAAAGAGCGGCAUUGAGCAAGAAGAGAGUCUUCUCAAUGAGAGUGCCGCUCGUGAAACAUCUCUACAAACACAGAUCAUAGAGCUGGAGAAUGAAACAAAACAGUUACGUCAUGAAUUGGAACGCGUGGAGGCGGAACGCGAUCACGCGCUGCAAGAGCGUGAAGAGGUCGGCAAGGACCACCAGCAGGCAGAGACGGAGCGCAAGUCACUGCGGACGGAAUUACGGGAGUGCAGAUUCCGCGAGACUCGCCUACUCCAAGACUACUCCGAGCUGGAGGAUGAAAACAUCUCAUUGCAGAAACAGGUGUCCGGCUUGCGGUCCAGUCAAGUAGAAUUCGAAGGUGCCAAACAUGAGAUCCGCAGAUUGACGGAAGACGUUGAGUUGCUUAACAGCCAGGUAGAAGAGCUGACGAACCUGAAGAAGAUAGCGGAGAAGCAAAUGGAGGAGGCUCUGGAAUCUCUGCAGGCCGAGCGUGAAGCCAAAUACGCCUUGAAGAAGGAGUUGGACCAGCGAAUUAACAGCGAAUCGAUUUACAAUCUCAGCAAUCUCGCGCUCUCCAUCCGAGGCAUCACGGAAGAUCAGACGAUAUGCAGCGACGGCGAGGACGAUUCGCCCGCUUUGCGUAGAAUCGAAGCGGACUUGAAAACACAAGAACCGGGCACGUCCGCGACCGACAAGCAGGUCGAUCUGUUCUCUGAAAUUCAUCUGAACGAGCUGAAGAAACUGGAGAAGCAGCUGGAGCUCGCGGAGACCGAGAAGGCUCAUCUGAUGCAGAACCUACGCGAGUCGCAGUACGCGGUUGAGAAGAGUCAGGGCGAGUUGCAAACGUUCGUUGCGCGGAUAGUGCAGCUAGCAGCGCAUGUGCAAUCGUUACAUCAUCUUCAUUCCAAGUUGCCGGAGAAGCAGAGCGAAGAAACGACGCUGGAUAAACUCAAUCAGGCCAUUGUGCAAUAUCAUCAGUGGAGCACCAUGUCCGCUCGCGAAAUUGCCCAAUUGCAGAAGGACUUGGCGGAAUUGGAAAACGGCUUGGCCGUGUCCGACUCGACGCAGCAAUUGAGAACGGAGCUGACGAAUCUUAGAAACAAGAUACCCGAGUCAGAGAAGAGCCUUCGAGAAAAGCUCUUGGACACGGAGCAGAGAAGCAUGCAACUCGAAUCGGAUGUGUCCACUCUGUCGAAGCUUACCGCCGAGGCAGGCGGCUUUCUCGAUUCCGCUCAGAACGAUCUACAAAAUCUUUCGGAGGAACUCGCGCAACUUUAUCAUCACGUGUGCACAGUCAACGGCGAGACUCCUUCGAGAGUGGUAUUGGAUCACGAGAAGAUCGUACCCGAGAAGGAAGAGGAGAACAGCAAGAUGGACUGGUGCCGAACCUUGUUUAAAACUGACAUCAAGAUCAAGGAUCUGGAAAGCCUUAGCAAAGCGAAGGAGAUUGCGAAACACAUAGAGACGGCGAUGGACCAAAUAAAGCAUCUCAGGAGCUCCGUGGAGCAUACGAUCGAGUUAUCAAAAGUCAAAGGAAUGCAGUCUAAUGUCUGCAACGUUUGUGAGGCUUCCGUCAACGAAAACAAAGCAGAGGUAACAGACCUUCAAGAGCAAGUCAUCAGAUUAAAGGCCUUGUUGUCUGCUAAACGGGAACAGAUUGCCACGUUGAGAACGGUACUCAAAUCAAACAAGAACACAGCGGAGGUAGCGUUGACGAACCUGAAGAGCAAGUAUGAGAACGAGAAGAGCAUCGUGAACGAGACGAUGCUGAAAUUGAGAAAUGAGCUUAGGAUGCUGAAGGAAAAUGCCGCGACGUUCUCAAGUCUGCGUGCAAUGUUCGCUGCACGCUGCGAAGAGUACGUGACGCAAGUCGAUGAGCUUCAACGGCAGCUUGCCGUGGCGGAGGACGACCGGAAGACGCUGAACCAGCUGCUACGUUUGGCAGUGCAGCAGAAGCUCGGUCUUACCAUGAAGCUGGAGGAACUGGAGGUUGACCGGGAGCUGCGCAAUACCAGACGGCACGCCGCCGGGGCGAACGGUCGCGGUAGACCGCGACUGUCGCAACAGACGAACCGUCCCCACUUAGGCAGAGACUUCUUCUAGAAAAUGAUGAAGAUGUGGAGCAAGAUAUUCUGAGAGAAGCAAGGAUUUUGAAAACCUUUUCGAAUUUUUCUACUGCUCGUUGCCGCGGCCGCGAUUGUCGUGGGCUUUAUUAGAAGACUCUAGUGAGUAUCAUUGACUUCUCUUUCGUUAGAAAUGAGACGUGACGUCCGCGGUCUCGUAGAUACGUGCGCUGUAAUACCGAGAACGAUAGCGUUCUCGCGAGACGUAUUUUUGCAAAAGAGGCGGACGGGCGGACAUGUUGAAUGUUUAAGAAACAUGAAAAAGAGACAGAGAGAGAGAGAGAGAGAGAGAAAGAGAAAGAAAGAAAAGAAAAGAAAAUUAUGACGCCGUCCUCACUAUAAUCAGGAGAGAAUCGCGUUUGGUAAAUCCAGGAAAUUAAGGGAGG